CAGACUUCGACCGGUCUCACUCAAUCGGUCAUCGUACGGCCGACCACGACUUGUUUAGGAGCUCACGAUGCCAUUCUAGGAUCAGUACCUGCUACACAUGCCAACAUCAAUGCAGUGUUCGUGAACCAGAACUUCGCUGUUAUACCCGGAGAAUGGAAGAACCACGACAUAGCAUCGGCCUUCUACGACAUCGUGCCAGCGGAGCAAUGUGUCUCUGAAGCCUUGAACAAGAUCAAGACUGCCGAUUUCAUUGCUUUUGAUGGCUCCUUUUUCGAUAUCAUUGGCAUGAAUGCGAAAAUCGAGCGAAUACAGUCCUUCCUGGUAGAUAAGCAACGCGUGCACGAAGCUCAUGUGUAUCUACCUGAGAGCAAUGAGCUCCUCUACCCAGACACGACCGAAGCAGGGUUCAUGUACGCAAUCAACAUCGACAGUCACGAGCUCCGCAGAAUCGAUCUCAACCCGAAGCUGGGGAACAUUAAUGGUGGAACAUACCAUCGAGGAGACGUCUACGUCGCAACAAACGGAGGCCACGCACGAGGCAUCUACAAAGUCAACGUAACCUCCGGCAGAGCUGAAGCAUUAGUCAACAACUACCGAGGACGAGACCUCAACAGUCCCAACGAUCUCAUCUUCGACUCAAGAUCAAACCUAUAUUUCACGGAUCCAUCCUAUGGCUACGACCAAGGCUGGCCACAAGUACAAAGCCCAGAACUCCCUAAUGCAAUCUACCGCUUCGACCCUCGCACAAAAGCGCUAACAGCAUUAUCCAACUCGGCAGUGCUGAUGCCAAAUGGCCUCGCCCUGUCAGCCGACAAGAAGACUCACUACGUAGCAGACAGCAGCUCCUCCUCACUGCAGCCAGCAAGUCAGCGCGCAGUGUUCGCAUUCGACAUUCGGGAAGGUGGUCUACUAGACGCACCACGACUCGUGUACCAGGUUGAGGGCGGGUGGCCGGAUGGAUUGCGCGUGACAGAGAGUGGGCUUCUGAUCGUGGGCGUCUAUGGGGGUGCCGACAUUGUAGAUCCAAAGAUUGGCAAUCUGCUGGGCAAAAUUAAUGCGCCUGAUGAUAUUAUCUUCAACUUGGAGCCGGCACGGGGAAGCGGGGUCCGGUUGUUGACUGGGAAGAAGCAUAUCUAUAAGGUCACGAUGAGUGAGAGUGCUGUGAAGCCGUGGGUCGCUGGUAAACCGCCAUUCAUACAUGCGAUCAUCGAGUCGGUUGCUGGAGUUUUAGGAAUAGGCUCGCAGAGGCAGGAACUUUGA